AGACAUCAUUAAUCGAUCGAUGAUGCUAGCGAUCUACUAGCUCUCUGCGGUGCACUUGGCAUUUGCUCUCGCUCCUCGUCUGCUUUCAACCACAUUCAGGUUCUGCUCGUUCACUACAGAAAUGGCAACUUCAGUGAAACUCAACACCGGUGCACAAAUGCCCAUUUUGGGACUGGGGACGUGGAAGUCUCCACCAGGCAAAGUUGCAGAGGCAGUGAAAGCAGCCAUUUCUGCAGGUUACAGGCACAUCGAUGGUGCCUACGUCUACCAGAAUGAGGUAGAGGUGGGUGAAGGUAUCCACACUACUAUCAAGGAUGGUGUGGUCAAAAGAGAGGAUCUUUUUAUUGUAAGCAAGCUGUGGUGUACUUUUCAUGAAAAGUCCUUGGUCCGGAAGGGUUGUGAGAAGACUCUCAGUGAUCUUAAACUGGACUACCUAGAUCUCUAUUUAGUGCACUGGCCCAUGGGUUUUAAGGCAGGUGAUGAGCUUUUUCCUUCGGACAGUACAGGACAAACCAUCAGUGAUAACACCAGCUUCCUGGAGACAUGGGAGUGUGCUUUCAUUUCCCAGCUGUGGUGUACUUUUCAUGAAAAGUCCUUGGUCCGGAAGGGUUGUGAGAAGACUCUCAGUGAUCUUAAACUGGACUACCUAGAUCUCUAUUUAGUGCACUGGCCCAUGGGUUUUAAGGCAGGUGAUGAGCUUUUUCCUUCGGACAGUACAGGACAAACCAUCAGUGAUAACACCAGCUUCCUGGAGACAUGGGAGGGAAUGGAAGAGCUGGUAGAUGCUGGUUUGGUCAAAGCUAUUGGGAUCUCCAAUUUCAACAAGGAGCAGAUUGAAGCCAUUCUCAACAAGCCGGGCCUCAAAUACAAGCCUGCCAACAACCAGGUGGAGUGCCACCCAUACCUGACCCAGGACAAGCUGAUCAACUACUGCCACUCCCAGGGUAUCUCGGUGACAGCUUACAGCCCCCUGGGAUCCCCUGACAGACCAUGGGCUAAACCAGAAGAUCCCUCACUCCUGGAGGAUCCCAACAUUAAAGCCAUCGCUGAGAAACACAAGAAGACACCUGCUCAGGUCCUGAUCCGCCUCCACAUCCAGAGAAAUGUGAUUGUGAUCCCUAAGUCAAUCACACCGCAGCGCAUUCAAGAGAAUUUCCAGGUGUUUGACUUUGAAUUAACUGAGGAGGAAAUGAAGACUAUACUGGGAUUUAAUAGGAACUGGAGAGUCUGUCCAAUCUGUCAAUAG